UGAUUCCACUGAGCCACAGAAGAGCAGCCAGUGGAGCCAGGUGUCUCGGUCUGUUUAGCUCUGUCAAGGGUGCAUCCUGCUUCUCGUUUACAGUCGGGUUCACUAUGGAUGGAUGGGUGGACGGAUGGAUGGAUGGAUGCUUAAACCAUUAUAAUAGCUGGAGCGCGUGAUGCCGCUCUGAGAAUGACUGCCACCUGUUUUGUUAUGCGUGAGCAGUAUUUGCUGUUACUGCGCCGUCAUCUCUGCCUUUGCUUUUCGCAUUUGUCCCUGACCCCCCCACGACUCCAUAACCAUGCUGGCUCCUCAGGCUGUACACCCUGCUAAGUCACGAGACUACACAACUGCACAAACAUUAUCACAGUGAAGAGUAAACAAAUCACCUCCAUAAUGGAGAUGAUAUAAAUUCUGGUUGUUGUUACAUGUAAAACCAGUUAGGGGGGUGGGCUAUUGUGCUUACACUAAAUACACCGUGUUCAGUGCGAUCUAAUGCUUGACAUCUAGUCGUCAUAAUGACAUGUUUUGUUUGCAAAAGGCUCUGUGUCAAAACACUUAAAAUACUCAGCAAAAGCUAAUUUUGCCUUCAAACAACACGUCCAAUCAGUCAUAACACAGUGGACAGCAAAAUACAAACCACUGAUUAUUGAUCGUCAUUGGAGCCUGUUGCUCUUGGUUGUCUUUGUAGUUUAUGUCAAAUUUACCUUGCAAAGAAUUGAAUCCAGAUGAACAAAUGCUUUGAUUUAUUGAAUCCAUGACAUUUAUUUUCCAAACUGUGGCUGAAAACUGAAAUAUUGUAAAUAGUGUAAACCAAAAUACAGUGAAAUCUAUUGGAGGAUGAGACACAGCCACUGUUGAUACUCAGUCUCUCCUUUAAACCUCCUCCAUCCAUGCUGUAAAGACCAACACAGACCUGGCACCAUUUUAAGGCAUAAAGACUGAUUGCAAAUUGAAGAUUUGUGUGGAGGAGUAUCAAACAGGUGCUAUGGUGAGUUCAUACUGGUUUUACUGGUUUCUAAUAGAUCGGAACAGAUGGUUUCAAUUGUUUUAGACAAUGUAGUUUGGACUGUUUGAAUGACGUCAGUGUUAGUUUUGCAAAAGGGAGGAGAAAAUGUGGCAAUCCAAUGAGAACAGGUUUAACACAUCAGUUGACUGACUAAAGAUUUUAGUUUGGAUAUUUUCUAUUCUGUUUUUUGGUUGUCAUAAAGAGUUAUUGAGAUUAGACUGAUCAACAAAUGGUGCUACUGUAUAUCAGUUUCAUAUGCGUGAAAACUACAGUAAUGUGGUGUGAUCGAGAGCUGAGGUCUACUUCCUGAAGCCGCGCCAUGUGCUGUAGUCAAGAUGAACAUACUCUUCAUGGCUCAUUGCAUUUGUGUGCUUUCUUUUUAUGUAGUAUUUAGUUUAUUGCGUUGGCCUGUGUGUGUCUGUGUCCCUUGUGAAGCAGGAUCUCUCAACUACGUCAACAGUGUUUACACACGCCUCAUCAUUUUUACAGCCAGGUUGAUAUAAGGGUGCCAUUCCCUCAUGUCAAACACUGGCCUUCAGAACAAGUGCUAAUGUGGUUAAUUAUGUGCUCAUCACUACCUGGAAAUUAAACAAACUCAGUUGUUUCUGUAAUUAAUUGGAAAAAACAUUAUAAAUAUUAGCAAAUAUUAGUGUGCAGUAUGUUGUGUAUCUUAUUAAAGUAACAGUGUGUAGGUUCCUGAUAAACAGAGAGCUCUAGUGAUGGUAAAACAAGAAGCCAGAGUUCAUUUUUGUGGGCUUAUCUGUUUUGGUUGGUGGAUGCGCACAGGUCUGGACAACUGCUGAUUUUUCACGGAAUGAUUAACCUAAACCAAAACUCAGUGCAGACACGUAUACAGACUCAUUAUUGAGACUGGCAUGAGCCACAUGAUUCACUCUUUAUGAAGGUCGUAAAAAGCAUAGCACUUCAUGCUUUAAUGAACUGCCUCCACUUAUUGUUGCUGUGCAACAAAUGAACUAUUUUGAAUCUUCUAGUAUAAUGAGUAGAAUGCAACUCUUUAAAGGGUGCACAUUUGUGUUUGCCAAAUAAACUUUAACAGAUCUGACCAUAAGCACAUAGAUCAGGAUUAUUAGAUUUUUGUCAAGUGUGGCAAGUUUUUUCUCUUUAUGGACAGUUACUGAAUGUUUAAAUCUCUCACUCAUUUUUACCUCGACUUUGCAUUUGAUAGAUGCAGAACCUAUGUCACAAUCUGGAUUGGACCAAGGAUUUUUCCAAAUCAUUUAUGAAUAAGUGAAAAUGAACCAGUGUCAUUAGUUUGCAAUAUUUGUCCUUUCACAUGUAGAAGCAGAAAAAUAUAAAACGUUUACAGUGCCAGCUGAAGCCAGCGUAGCAGGACGUCCCAUUUUUUCUAUUAGCCUCCACAGCCAAUCAUGAGCUUCAGGCUGAAUCAGCCCAGCCCUAAUGUGGGCAGCCCCUUCCCCGUUCCCAUGUCUGUGUCGUCCUAGCUCGUCUUUUCUCUCCUCUACUGCUGCCUCAUGGCUUGUGCAUGCUAGCCCCCUGCUGCUAAAUGCAGCUACACUGAGGAGAGAAUAGUAAAAAAAGAAAAACAGAGGACUGGAAAAUAAGCAGUGCGUGAUUCUCUUCUUUAGUCAAGAGGCACGAGGCUUGGAAUGGAAAAGCAUCUGAGGUCUUUAUGCGUAAACCCUCAUAACCCCCCCAGCGACUCCAUAACCAUGCUGGCUCCUCAGGCUGUACACCCUGCUAAGUCAGGAGACUACACAACUGCACAAACAUCACAGUGAAGAGUAAACAGAUCACUUCCAUUAUGGAGAUGAUAAAUUCUGGUUGUUGUUACAUGUGAAACCAGUUAGGGGGAUGGGCUAUUGUGCUUACACUAAAUACACCGUGUUCAGUACGAUCUAUUGCUUGACCUCUAGUUGAGACUGGAAGGAUUAUAGACAAUCAUUACAGUUUUUAUUGGUCGCUUUGAUGCAGCCGUCCAAUAAAACAACACAUUCUCUUAACAGUUCACACACAGGUCUAAACAACAGCUCCAAUGUCAUAAUGACACUUUUUGUUUGCAUAAGGCUCUAACUGUGUCAACACACUUGAAAUAUGCAGCAAAGGCUCAUUUUGCCUUCAAACAACACAUCUUGCAACCAUGUACAUGAGCACGCCCAAUCAGCCAUAACACAGUUAUGUAUACAUGUAAACCAAAAUACAGUGAAAUCUAUUGGAGGAUGAGACACAGCCACUGAUGAUAUUCAGUCUCUCCUUUAAACCUCCUCCAUCCAAGCUGUAAAUACCAACACAGACCUGGCACCAUUUUAAGGCAUAAAGACUGAUAGCAAAUUGAAGAUUUGUGUGGAGGACUAUCAACCAGGUGCUAUGAAGCUUUACUAUCUGAGAAUGCAGGGGAACAGAGAAAAGAUGGAAGGACAGAAUCAGUGUAAGAAGAAACUGAGAGUGUGUGUUGCAACAUGCAACAGAGCAGACUACUCCAAGCUGGCCCCCAUCAUGUUUGGGAUCAAAUCUCACCCUGAUGAGUUUGAACUGGAAGUUGUGGUGCUGGGCUCACAUCUUAUUGAUGAUUAUGGGAACACAUUUCGUAUGAUCGAGCAGGAUGACUUUGACAUUGGUUCCAAGCUUCACACCAUUGUGAGAGGUGAAGAUGAGGCAGCUAUGGUGGAGAGUGUUGGGCUGGCACUGGUGAAACUCCCUGAUGUUCUACAGAGGCUACGUCCUGACAUCUUGGUGGUCCAUGGUGACCGGUUUGAUGCAUUAGCGCUGGCCACUGCUGCAGCGCUGAUGAACAUUAGAAUAUUACAUUUGGAGGGAGGAGAGGUGAGUGGUACGAUUGAUGACUCAAUCCGCCACGCCAUUAGCAAACUGGCUCAUUACCACGCCUGCUGCACUCGCAGGGCAGAGCAGCAUCUCAUUGCCAUGUGUGAGGACCACUCUCGCAUCUUGUUGGCGGGAUGCCCUUCAUAUGAUAAGCUGCUGUCGACUCAUCACAGAGACGACCACAUGGAUAUUAUUAAGAGCUGGCUAGGUGACGUGAAGGAGCAUGAUUAUAUUGUGGCUUUGCAGCAUCCUGUCACUACAGACAUCCAGCACUCAAUUAAGAUCUAUGGACUGAUGCUGGAUGCCCUGCUCUCCUUCAAGAAGAGAACCCUCAUCCUCUUUCCUAACAUCGAUGCUGGAAGUAAAGAGAUGGUGCGGGUGAUGCGGAAAAAGGGCAUCGAGCAGAAUCCCAACUUUCGAGCAGUGAAGCACAUUCCCUUUGAACAAUUCAUUCAGCUAGUCUGCCACGCUGGUUGUAUGAUCGGAAACAGCAGUUGUGGAGUGCGAGAAGCUGGAGCCUUCGGCACGCCUGUCAUUAACUUGGGAACAAGACAAACUGGGAGAGAGACAGGUGAAAACGUUCUCCAUGUGAGAGAUGCAGACACACAUAACAAGAUCUACCAUGCUCUGGAGCUGCAGUUUGGAAAGAGAUACCCCUGCUCUAAAAUAUAUGGUGAUGGCAGUGCAGUGCCCCGUAUUCUCAAAUUCCUGCGCACCAUUGACCUUGACGAGCCUCUCCAGAAGACCUUCUGUUUCCCACCAGUGAAAGAAUGCAUUUCCCAGGACAUCGAUCAUAUCCUGGAGACUCAGAGUGCUCUGUCUGUUGACCUGGGAGGGACCAACCUCAGAGUUGCCAUUGUUUGCAUGAGGGGUAAAAUAGUUAAUAAAUACACUAAACCUAAUCCAAAGACUUUUGAGGCAAGGAUGGAACUUAUAUUGGAGAUGUGUCGCGAGGCAAUGCAAUACGCUGUUCACAACAACUGUAGGAUACUUGGUGUUGGUGUGUCCACGGGGGGACGUGUCAACCCACAAGAAGGUAUAGUCCUGCACUCAACAAAGCUGAUCCAAGAAUGGUCUUCGGUGGACCUGAGGACGCCCAUCUCUGAUGCCCUGCACUUACCGGUCUGGGUGGACAACGAUGGAAACUGUGCGGCGUUGGCUGAGAAGAAAUUUGGUCACGGCAAGGGAGUUGAGAACUUUGUCACUGUCAUCACAGGCACAGGUAUUGGAGGUGGCAUUAUCCAUCAUAAUGAGCUGGUCCAUGGCAGUACUUUCUGUGCUGCAGAGCUGGGUCACAUCAUGGUUUCUUUAGAAGGCCCUGAGUGCUCGUGUGGCAGUCGUGGAUGCAUAGAGGCCUAUGCAUCUGGCAUGGCCCUACAGAAAGAGGCCAAAAGGCUGCACGACGAGGACCUGCUGAAGGUGGAGGGAAUGGACAUGAAGCUUUCAGAGCCAAUCACUGCUGCCCAUCUCAUCAAUGCAGCCAAACUAGGGAAUCCCAAAGCUAAUGCUGUUCUAAACAAAGCUGCAACAGCGCUUGGUGUGGGCAUCAUCAACAUCCUCCACAUAGUGAACCCUUCACUGGUGAUUCUGUCCGGCGUUUUGGCAUCUUACUACCAGGCCCCAGUGCAGCACACCAUCUCAGAAAGAGCCCUCUUCUCUGUUCAGAGCAUCAAAGUGGUGACAUCCGAUUUGGAAGAACCAGCAUUACUUGGAGCUGCUAGCAUGGUGUUAGACUAUGAAACCAGAAGGAUAUACUGAGUCCUGAUUUACUGAAGAUCUUCAAUAAAUUAUCAUAUUUUAGCUACUACAGCUGGGAAAAUGAAGAACCUCCCACUUUUUAUUAAAACACUACAGUUUGAUGAAGUUUGAUGAAGCCCAGAAAAUUUGAGUAAACUGCAAAGACAUCCUUGAGACAAAAACGACCUCUACUGGGAUUUCUGUCUCUGAUUGGUAGUAUGAUAUUAAUGCAAAAACAGGACUUGUUUCAGAUGUGACCAAAGUAUUACUGAAACUCGUUCUUGUAGCUACUUUUCUAGUCUUUCCUAAACACUUGCUUUUUCUCUUUUCUGUAAAUCUUGUAAUGUGUUUUAUUUGUAAUCUGGAUACAAGACAUACUGUCAAGUUUCUACAUUUCCGGGCUAUUAUUUAAUUAUUUAAGGUAACAACUGUCUUGGUAAACUUAAUGAUCCUGAAAAUGUUUAUUUUAUGCAUUGGUUAUUAUAAUAUCCAAGGAAAAUUAUAUUGGGUUUUAUGUUUUGAAACAAUAAUAAUGAGGUAACUUUUUACUUUAAUUGCUGCUGCAAUAUGAAGGUUUUGCCUUUCUUACAGACCUUAGAGAUGUACAUUGACUUUAAAGUAAUUUUUCUUCAUGCCUUCUGAACAUGUAUUUUGUUUCUAAGCUAUCUACAUGGUUUGUAUGUUCUGUUACAUAUUGUAUUGUUUAUUACAUGCAAUGUUGACAUUAUUGGUUCAUGUUGGUCCAAAUAAACUAAAUGCAUGUGUCAUAAGAAUUA